UCUAACACAGUAGAACCUCAUGAGAUUCAAUGUAACGCUUCAUCAUUUCAGUGAUCCAGCUGCGUGGGUUCAACAUUGAUGCUCGUAAUCUCUGAUGCUGGUGACCAGGCGGUGGGAGAGGCUCGCGACCCGCACAUUGUUCCUCGCCCUCGCGCUGUUGCUGCAUUCUAGGAUGUUGCGACAAGUGUUGCACGAGGGGCUCAGGACGUCAUUCCACAAACUGGGACACUUUGUAGCCAAUCACCCGGUGUUUUUCGCCUCCGCGCCUGUGUUGAUCUCCAUCCUGCUCGGCGCGAGCUUCAGCAGAUACCGCAUAGAGGAAAACGUGGAGUACCUGUUGGCGCCCAAACACAGCCUGGCGAAGAUCGAGGGGAACUUGGUGGAUAGUUUGUUCCCUGUGAACCGAUCCAAGCACACGCUUUACUCGGACUUGCAAACACCCGGGAGAUAUGGCCGGGUCAUCGUGACCUCGCGCAGGGGGAGCGUAUUGGACCCUCACCACGUCAAUUCAGUCCUUAAGCUGCACAACACAAUUACUCAGAUCCAGGUCCCUAUGCUGGGCUUCAACUACACAUUUGCUCACCUCUGCCUGCUGGAUGACAGCAAGAGCUGCAUCGUGGAUGACAUCCUGCGUGUUCUGGAGGAGAUGCGGUCGGCACGGGCAUCCAACCGGUCCAUACCCGCUCUGUGUUACCCUAUCACCAGACUCAAGGAUGGGCGAGAGGCCUACAUAGGACACCAGCUGGGCGGUGUCCAGGCAGGCGGAGGGCGAGAUGGUGUACGUUCUGCUCGAGCCCUACAGCUCACAUACUACCUGCAAGCAGCUAGUCCACUGAACGAAAUUGUGGCGGCCCGCUGGGAGCUGCUGUUCUGUAGAGAGCUGGAAAACUUUGGAAAGGCUCAUCCAGAGCUUGGCCUGUACCCCUUCACUUCCUCUUCUCUGCAAAGGGACUUCCAAAGGACUAGCCGGGUGUCAGAGCGGCCACUGUUCUUCAGCCUGGCUGUAUGUCUCUCGCUGGCCAUGCUGUGCUGCUCGAUGCGGGACUGUGUGCGUACUAAGCCCUGGCUGGGUCUGCUGGCUCUGGUGACAGUCAGCCUGGCUACACUCACCUCUGCGGGCAUCUUCAACCUCACUGGAGGGAAAUACAAUUCAACAUAUCUGGGUAUCCCUUUUGUCAUGUUGGGUCAUGGCUUGUUCGGCACAUUUGAAAUGCUGUCAUCUUGGCGCCGGACUCGUGAGGACCAGCAUGUAAAGGAGCGGGUUGCAGCUGUGUUCUCAGACUGUAUGCUACCCUUCACAGCUAGCACGGCCUUGCACGUGGUCACCUUUGGCAUUGGGGCCAGUCCGUUCACCAACAUUGAGGUUGUACGUCUCUUCUGUCAAAAUGCCUGUAUCUCAGUCCUCUUCAACUACCUCUACAUUCUCACCUUCUAUGGCUCCAACCUGGUGUUUGCCGGGUACCUGGAAAACAACUACCGUCACAGUCUGUUUUGCAGGCGUGUACCGAAGCCAGAGUUACUUCAACAAAAGCCAGCUUGGUAUCGGUUCCUCAUGUACACACAUUACAAUGAAGAGGCCACAGAAGCUGGACCCCUGCAUGCUUAUGAGAGUCACCUGCUGUUAGCAUUCAUGAAGCGGUACUACUGCGACUGGAUCACCAACACCUAUGUUAAACCCUUUGUAGUUCUUUUUUACUUAGUCUAUGUUUCCUUCGCCCUCAUGGGCUACCUUCAGGUCAGUGAGGGUUCAGAUCUUAGUAAUGUGGUUGCCACAGAAACAAGUACUAUCGCAUAUACCCGUGCCCAGCAGCGGUAUUUUAGCAGUUACAGCCCUGUGAUUGGCUUCUACAUCUAUGAGUCUAUUGAAUACUGGAACACCAGUGUGCAAGAGGACCUACUGGAGUACACCAAAGGAUUUGAACGUAUCUCCUGGUUUGAAAGUUACCUCAAUUACCUUCAUGGGCUGAACAUCACUACUAGCCUGUCGCGAAGCAAUUUCACUGAACAACUGCGAUCUGGCUUUCUGCAGCAACCACACUAUGUGCACUUCUCGGACGAUAUUAUAUUUGCGAAACGUACGGAUGGGGAAUUUGAUGUGGUGGCUUCGCGUAUGUUUCUUGUGGCCAAGACAACAGAAAACAAACGAGAGGAGAUGUCAAUCCUACUGGACACACUAAGGAAGUUGUCACUGACUUCAAGGGUGAAGUUUAUCAUCUUCAAUCCAUCCUUUGUGUAUAUGGACCGCUAUGCCUCAUCGGUCGGAGCACCACUGAAGAACUCUUGCAUUGCUGCACUGUUUCUGCUGUUUUUUUCCACCUUUUUGGCAGCUGACCCACUAGUGAAUGCCUGGCUAACUAUGACGGUAGCCUCUGUUGAGUUUGGGCUGGUGGGUUUCAUGACUCUCUGGCAGGUAGAGUUGGACUGUGUCUCAGUACUAUGUCUGAUCUAUGGGGUGAACUAUGCCGUAGACUCCAGUGCUCCGCUAGUUUCAGCAUUUGCCUUAGGACGGGAAUCCACCCGUACGUGCUGGGUGAAACUGGCUCUAGAGCAUCAUGGAGUUCCUGCCCUUCAGAGCUACUUGUGUUAUGGGGCUGCACUGCUCCCCCUAGCGGCUGUGCCCUCUAACCUCACACGCACACUCUUCAGGUGCCUCUUUCUCACCGCCAUCAUCACUGCCUUCCACUGUUUGGCCAUCCUCCCUGUCCUGCUCACCUUCCUGCCUCCCUCCAAGAAAAAAAGGAGGGAGAGAAAGAAUGCUGCAGAAAAUAGGGAAGAGAUUGAAUGUGUGGAGAUGGUGGACAGCACACGUGUGGUUGAUCAGAUUACCACUGUCUGACCACAUGACCAAAAGAGAGGGGCUUUCUUGAGAAUGUAUAAGAGGGCAAGAAACAAAACACCCUAGGGGGUGGCAGAGGGAGGCCUGAGAUAUAAGACUACCUGAGUGCACAUGGUCUUCUAGUUCCCAUACUUAAAAGGAGGUGUUUUGUAGGCAUAAUCAAGAAGUAGAUGAGUUUGAGGUUGAGCCAUUAAAGCUCACCCUUUGCUCACAAUGAGGAGAGAGAGAGAGAGAGAGAGAGAGAGAGAGAGAGAGAGGAUGACAACAUUGCUGCACAACUGAAGAUAAUCACAGAGGGGGCUCCUCUAGUCUGCAGUCUUACAGCAGUGGAGGAGAGCUCUUGCCUUAACAAGGCAAAGAUAGAGAAAUACAAUGUCUCUGGUUCCAAUGUAAUGCCCCAGCACUCUAUCAUACCAAGACUUUCAGGGGGCACUAAGCUAAAGACCAAGCAGCCAAAUUCAUAUCUGCUGAUAGCCAUGACUAUAAUGCACCUGAUGUCAUCUCUCCUCAGAGACUAGAUGUGUUGAUGAGACCAUAUAUUUGUCUCUAGGGAUUUAGUGGUAUUAAAAACUCACAGUGCUUGAAAAGAUCAAGAGGUUCAUGACAUCUCCAUCUAUUCCUUUUUCACCACUCACAAUCACCUCCCCCUCCCUGACCAAAUACUCUUAUGUCUCAAAGGCAUUGAAGGCUGAUCUUCUAAAAAGGGUUGUACAAUGUAAGAGAGAAAGAAAAAACAUGGAAAGGUCGAAGGCUGGGGGUGGGGGUUGUGUUACAAAGAAGCAAGACUCUGCUGACAGGUUGGUGUGCUGUGCAAUGCUUCCAUGGUAAUUCUAGUCACAGUUUAGUUGCAUUGUGUAUGGAUAAUUUCCUAAUUCUUCAAGUUCAAUAAUGGCAUUGGUUACCAAUUAAGUUGUACUGUGUGUGGAGCAUAAUCUAUGAAGGAUUUGAUCUUGCUGCUCCCUGCCUCUAAAAAUGCUAAAAAUCACCUUGUCAUAGACAAACGAAGGGGCUCAUCAAUAUGCAUGAGCCCCUUCGUUUUUCUCCUCCUUUGCCCUCUGUGAACGAGAGGCUUGAAAACAAGAGAUAUAGAGAGAUAAAGAGCACUGCGGAGAAAGAGAGAGAGAGAGAAUGAGAGCAUAGGAAAGGAGCAUCUGAUCAAUCAAAUCCACUUACUUUUCAAAUUCUCAGCGGUCCCGAGGCAACUGAUGUCAAAUCAGUCAUAAGGUAAAAUGGCUUCCCUUUUAGCUCCAACUCUCACUGUACUACUGUAUCUCUGCAAGUAGUUCUUUAGAGCAGCUUGGGGGUCUUAAGGUUACUUAUAAUUUUUUCAAGUCCAUAUUCUCAAUCUGCCAAGCACAUGUUUGAAGUGUAAACAUUGAGACAAUUAACAUUUUUUAUCUGUGAUGUGAAUUGUAGGGGAAAAAUAGAAAGGCUACAUUGCAACUUGUCUGAUGUUACUGAAUCCACAGCUUCAGAUAAUCACUGUAAGGAAAGGAAAGGGAAAAAGACAGAUGAACAUACACACGAUUGGACAGUUUUGUACACAAGUGCAUUCACACACACGCCUAAUGUGGCAGGUGUACAAGAACUUACUUUUUGAUCAGUACCCAUCUAUUUGCCCAUUGGUCCUCAGCUCCUUCAUUCUCCAGAUCACUGGACAGCCAGCACACACAUCUGUGUAAGCAUUUUCAGUGGCUAUACCUAUAAGGCUAAUUAAACCUGACCCUAUGUAUUAGAAUGCUGGAGUCUCCCAGUGCAGCAGUCAGUACUCAAUACUCUUCUGACUAAUCAAAGUAUAGUGCUCUGAAUGAUGCUUUCAGCAAUGUCAUUAGACUGUUUUGAGAUGUGAUCUUAGACCAGCAACCAGACUUCAGCUUCCUCUGAUCUAUAUAUCUGUCCGUCUGGACAGCUUUCUUCAUUUUGUAGGAAUCAGCACUGUUGUUUUACUCUGGGUAUAUUGACCCAGCUAUGUCUGUGUACUUAACCAGGGCUGUUUCUGACCAUUUUGGCACCCUAGUGAGGUGAUGGGGGCAGCUUCCUCAAUGGCGACUGCCUAAUUUGCUUAUGCUUAGAAACGGCCCUGUACUUAACUGUACUUGAAAGUGUGUACCCCUUAUGAGAAAUGUAAUGAACCUAGAAUGAUCUUCAUUUUAUAAAUGAAACUUAAUAGUUCAUGUUUUGAUUCCACACUAUGUUCCCCCUUUCUGUCUUAUGAAUAGUGCUGGAUAUGAAGAUUCAAUGCAAAGUCAUUCACAUACCUCUACUUUCAUACGGAGACACUCAGGCUUGCAUUCUUUCCGUUUGUUUGUACAACACUUCCACGGUUUAGUUCAGUCCAAAUAUGAUUGCUGUGAAGCACUAUGGGCACUGGGCCCUUUGAAGAUGUCAAAAGCCAGUGGGAGGACUGAAAAAAAUGAAUAUACUGUAUAACACCCACACUGGCUUGCACGCGCGUGCACGCGCACACACAUACACACACACACACACACACACACACACACACACACACACCAAUUUAGCCUAUAGCAUACAUUCAUUUGCAUUCUACCUGACUGAUAUGCCUGUGGAGGAGAGGAUUGUUGUUGUUUUUUAUCUGUUUCUAUGAACUUCAGAAGAAUAAAAUGA